AUCCGUUUCCAAUCUUGAAAAUCUAAAGAGAAGUGAAAAUCGGAAAGGAAUACUUGGUUUGAGUUCAGAAUCCGAAUUCUGAGCUCUCCGCCAAACACGCCACAAAAUAAAAACCAUAUCUAUAUAUAUAUAUCGAGGCGAAACAAAAUCGAAUUCUGUCUCUCCACCACAACACCUCCAUCAAAAUUCCAAUGGCGGUAGCGGUGGAAGCAAAUCCCACGCCAAAGCCAAAACCAAAACCAAAACCCUCCCUCCGCGUCUGCUUCUCCUACGCCGCCUACGCCAAAAACGUCGUCCACUACCUCCACUCCUCCAACAUCCCCGUCGCCGCGGCCCUCUCCGACGCCGAAUUCGCGGCCGUCGAAUCCGCCUUCCGCUUCUCCUUCCCGCCCGACCUGCGCUCCAUCCUGCAGGAGGGCCUCCCCGUGGGCCCCGGCUUCCCCAACUGGCGCUCCUCCUCCCGUCAGCAGCUCGAAAUCCUCACCACCCUCCCCGUCCUCGGCAUCUGCAAGGAAGUUUCUCGAAACAACUUCUGGCUCGACUCCUGGGGCCUCAAACCCCCUGACCCCGAUCGCGCCGCUUCAUUAGCCAAAGCCUUUCUGAAAAAAGCCCCCCUCCUCGUCCCCAUUUACCGCAACUUCUACAUUCCCUCCGCUCCCUGCGCCGCCGGAAAUCCCGUUUUUUACGUGCAUGGCACCGACGUCAGGGUCUGGAGCUUCGACAUCGCCGGAUUCUUCCAGAAGGUGGAGUUUGGGAUGUGCGGGGAGGCGAUAGCAAGGAGGAGGAGGGUGGGGGCGGCGGCGCCAGCAUGGGCGGCGAGGGAGGGGAGGAGGGUAGAGUUUUGGACGGAGAUGGCGGAGAGGAGGGGAGGGUGGUGGAGCGGGGAGUUAGGGGGGUGUUUGGAGGAGGUGUGUUGGAGGCUGAGGGAUGGGGGGUGGAAGGAGGAGGAUGUGAGGGAGAUGAUGAUGAUCGACGGCUGUGAUGGGUCUGUUGACGGAUCUAUGUCGAUGUCGGAGAGAAUGCUGCGUGCGGGGUGGAGCACGGAGGAUGUGGUGGACCUGCUCGGAUUCCCAAAUCGGAACGGUGUGGAUGAUGGAGACUAUUCCAAAAUCAAUGUGGGCCUACAGACCCAAUCUCGUCAAGAUUAA